AUGUCAUCGUCAAAAAUUAAUAAACCAAAAAAUAACAAAAAGAAUACUGUCAAACAAAAAGUAACAGAUGCUAGCAAAGCAACAACUUCAGCUGUUCCUGUUGCACCAUUUACUGACUUUACUAACCUUAAUAUGUUAUUUCAACCACAUUAUCCUACCUCUCUAUUUUUUAUGAAUCUAUUGGUUUUAAAUAAGGCAACUGCCAAACAUCAAGAGACCAAAUUAGAAACUACUUCAGAAUUAACUUUCAAUGAUAAUUCAGUUUCAGAUACAAGUUCAACUUCUGAAGCAUUAAAUAACCAAUCAAAGUCAAAGUGA